AUGGGAGACAGAAAGCGUGGGCAUGAUAACGAUGACAAAGGGCUGUUCUCUUCCCUUGCUGGAUAUGCUGCUGGACACUAUAACCCCUCGGGUGCAUACCCCCCUCAAGGAUAUCCUUAUCCUACUCCAGGGGGGUUCCCACCAGCUGGAUAUCCUCCUCCCGGAGGGUACCCACCACCAGCAUAUCCUCCUCCAGGGGGUUACUCACAACCUGGAUAUCCUCCCCCUGCUGGAUACCCACCACCAGCAUAUCCUCCCCACGGUGGAUAUCCCACAGCGGGUUACCCAGGUCCAUCAGCCCCAUAUCAUUCAGGGCACGGACCAAAUUUUGGAGCCUUGCUAGCCGGGGGUGCAGCUGCUGCCGCCGCUGCUUACGGGGCUCACCAUCUAUCACACGGUGGGCAUAACCUUGCACACGGUGGUCACUUUGGCCAUCACCAUGGGAAAUUUAAGCAUGGCAAGUUCAAGCAUGGUAAGUUCGGCAAGCGCUGGAAGCAUGGCCGGUUUGGAAUGCAUGGGGGAAAGUUCAAAAGAUGGAAGUGA